AUGAUUUCUUAAGUUUAGGAUUUGUAUUAACUAAUUUACAAUAAACUUGUAAAUAAGGAAUCUCUUGAAUCCUCUUUGCUAACUAAACUACAUACAUAGAUCUUCUUGUAGAAUAUGGAAAAAAAUUAUGAAUUGGAAGAAUUUUAUUAUGAUAUUCUAAGAAAGCAUAUAAAGAAUCAUUAUUCGAUUUCACCUGAAUAAUUAGAAAUACUAAUUAAUAUAGUGUAUUAUCUUGGUAUUUUCAUUAACUAAUAGUCACUAUUUACUAAGGCAUUCCAAAUUAUUAAGGAAAAUUUAAUUGAUAAUCAACCAAUCAUUUAGAAUUCUUUAUAUUUACAUAUCCUUUAAGCUUGUGGCUCUUAAAAUAUCUAUUUAAAACCAGGUCAUUAAUUUUUCAACAUUGAUAUUAACAAUAACUAUUUUAAAUCACGAUUCCUUACACCCUAUCUUAAUUCAAUAACUUAAAGAAUACCAAAAGAUAAUAUUAUAUAAUUCAUUAAGGAUGAAUAAUAAAAUAUCAAAUUACUUCAUCCUUAAUCAGAGGAUUACAUAAUUAAUGAAUUAAAAUUAUUUAUUAUUUAGUAAUAGCUAAAAACUAUAGACUUUAAAUAAAAUUCUUAAGAAUUAUUUGAUUUAUUUACAUUUCUUCAAAUUGAAGAUAGAUAACAAUACAAUAUUAAAUAAAAACUUAUUAAUAUAGAAGAAAAAGAUAAUCAAAUAAAUCCUUUUUAUUAGUUAGCAAUUAAAUAUAAAGAAUUUCUUUUACAAUACCUUGAUUUAAACUUUGAACAAUUUUUUGAAGUGUUUAAAAUAAAUUUAAAUAAUAUAUAAAGUUUUUAUUAAAAUGAAAAGCAUAUGUUAAUUGCAUUAAAUGAAACAAUUGAAGAAUAUUUAAUAAAGAAUAAUGGUUGUUUAUAAAAAUUGAUUGAAAUUCAAGAUGAAGAAGUUGGUUAUUUUUCAUAAUGUAUGAUUUAAUCAAUUGAUCAUUUUAUUACUUUAAUGAUGCAAAAUUUAUUUAAAUUAGUAUCCCCAUACAAAUCUAAUUUUAAUAUAUCAUUAUAAAUUGCUAAGAUUUCUAAAAUGUCUAAGUAUCAUCAUAAAUAAGUGGAUAAAUUUAAAUUAAAAGAAUUAGAAAAAUAUUUAAGAAUAGCUUAAAAUUCUUUUAGACCAUUAUAUUUACCUUAUCCUUAAUUCAUUUCACAGACUGCUGAAAUAAUUUAGGAUAUUCCAUAUUAAUUAUUAAAAUAUUUACCUAAGGAAUAAAAUAAACGAUAUUAAUUAUGUAAUUAUGGAUAUGCUGAAAUUACAUAUAACGAGAAUUAUACAUUAGUAAUAAAUACAAAAUAAUUGGUUUCUCUUUUUCAUCUUAUAAAUAAUAAUAUUAAAUAGGUUGAUUAAAAUAAUUUAAUAAUGUUUAAGAAAAUAGGUUUAGUAAAUAUAGAUGGAAAUUUAAAUUAGGAUUGGAAACCAACUCAUAAAUGUUUGAUAUUAUUUAAUUGA